UGCACGCGCAGUGAAGAUCCAUUGAAUGCGCAGGAUUUAGACAUAAAGAAGACUGAUAUUAAGCAGAGCAGUUCACAAGACGUGACCAGGAGCACUGUGCGCAAUGGCUUUUACGACUCUUAUGUUUCAGCUGUGGUUUAAGACCUACUUUAUUCUAGUUUUGAGGAGUUGGUUAGUCGGAGCUGCCCCUGAGCAGGGAAGUCUGUACAUGUGGAUUGAUGCCAGGCAAGCCAGGAUAUUAUUAGGUUUCGAGGAGGAUAUUUUAAUAGUGUCCGAGGGUAAAAUGGCCCCGUUCACCCACGACUUCAGGAAAGCACAGCAGAGGAUGCCCUCCAUCCCUGUCCAUAUCCACCACGUGAACUUCACCUGGCAAGUUACUGAUGAUCAGGAGGAUUACUUCUACGAGUUCCAGAGCCUGCGCUCCUUCGACAAGGACAUCAUGGACGACCCCAUCGUUAACGUCCCGCUCUUAGGCUCAGUACCUCACAAAACCUCAGUGAUUCAGGUAGGCUUCCCGUGCCGAGGUGAGCAAGAUGGAGUUGCAGCAUUUGAGGUCACCGUUCUGGUAAUGGACAGCGGUGGAAACAUCGUUCUCAGGACCCCACACAAUGCCAUCUUCUUUAAGACCUGCCAAAAAGCAAAGUGUCCUGGCGGCUGCAGGAACGGGGGCUACUGCAACGAGAGACAUGUCUGCGAGUGUCAGGACGGUUUCUAUGGCACACAUUGUGAAAAAGCCUUAUGUUCACAAAGAUGCCUGAAUGGAGGUCUGUGCAUGAGUCCAGGAAUGUGUAUUUGUCCUCCUGGUUACUAUGGAGCCAGCUGUGAGAAAGCAAACUGUAGCACUACAUGUUUGAAUGGAGGAACAUGUUUCCAUCCUGGGAAAUGUAUUUGUUCUGCUGGAUUCGAGGGUGUCCGCUGUGAAAUUAGUAAAUGCCGCCAGCAAUGCAGAAACGGAGGCAAAUGUAUAGGAAAGAACAAGUGCAAGUGCAGCAAGGGCUACCAUGGAGAUCUGUGCUCCAAAGCUGUCUGUGAACCCAGCUGUGGAGUCCAAGGGACAUGCGUGGAGCCCAACAGGUGUCAGUGCCAGGAGGGUUGGCACGGACGUCACUGUAAUAAGAGACAUCGUGGGGGAUUGUCGUUCCUCCAGCGCCAAACAAACUCCAGGUCCAAACCUCACACCACAUCAGAGAAAGGAACCAAGGAGGCCUCCGAAACGAACCGCCCUUCCGAGAGCAACUAUGUAGUUUAAGGUUCUUGCUGUCCUUGGUGACCCCCUCUACCCCUGACCCAACGUCUUCAAGGACUCAUUCCAAUCAUUCUCAAUGAGAGCCUCCAGGCUUAGACUGCUGCUUCCACCAGAACCAGACUCGUUUUGUUUUUUUCUCCUCGGUAUUCCCUUUCAGAACUCCUUUGAUAGAGUAUCUCUUAGCCCUGACAGACUCUCCUUCUGUGCUGCAGACACUGCGAGGGAGUGCCUCUGCUGGAAAUGUGGACAUGAAUCACAGGGAAUACAUUAUAGACCAGAAGCUCUUUUGUGUGGGCAUGACUUGACUGAGGAUGGUAAUUACUGCGUUCGGCUCAUGUGCAUGGGUUGACUAGUCUGUCUGUUUCUCUUUAUUACUCUCUCUUCUAUAUCGAGACAAUGAACAGACCAUUCGAAAAAAACAUCUGUUUUGUUCCUUUCGCUCUGUAUUCUGUAGUGUAUAUGCUAUAGAAAAUGGAAAUAUAUUUAGAUGUUCUGACAAACUAGUCUAGUCGAUAAGUACUUAGUUUUAUAUAACAAGCUGUGUAUAGGCAUACCGAAGCAUUUAGUAUUGGACUGUUGCGAUCACACUGGUGAUACCACUCAAAAAAAAAAAUUCAUAAUGCUUUUGAAAAGUUUAUUAUUCUUUCAGUAUGUGAGCAAUCAGAAAAGUAGCUCUGUCCAUGCUGCCAGUUUAACUCAUGGGUUAAUAAAUGUUUAUUUGAACACAGUGCAUUAUCAGAAUGGAGGGAACAGCAUAUAGACAUGUUUAAACGUUAUUUCCACCUCUUUUAGUUCUAUGUGUUUUUGUGUAAAAACAUAAUAAAAAUUAUC